AUGGGGGUCGCAAUGACUGACACAUGCCGCUUGGAAAGCGUGGUACCGCUGGUUCUGGUUGUUCUAGGUCCAGAGAUUCGAGCGAGGAGCAAGUUUGCAAAGAUUGAGUAUUCUUCUCCCUCGCUGGCAGGAAGUACCGUUGGUCAAACCUGCCAUCAGAGGACGCCUACUCCCGACGCGGCGUUGAUAUGCAACACGAGCCACGACCGGCGAAUACUGUGGCUUUUCUCUUCAACGGCCCGCCACAACCGGCAAAAGUCGUGGCGCUUUCCUCAGCACCCAGCCACAACCGGUGAACAGCGUGGCUUACUCAACGACCUCUGCUCCAGAAACUCUCAGUCAGAGCAAAGGCAAUGA